UUGGUGUUCAGUGAGACCACGGUCUGCAGUAAUGGCCCAAAAUGGUCCUAACAACGUGAUUGAUAAGGUCUUAGAGAUGAAAUCUCGUCUCGGAGACUGUGAGGAUCCCAAAAAGAUUUUAAAAAUGUUGAAACGCCUACAAGAACUAAAUAUUACACUAGACAUCUUGGUGGAGACUGGAAUUGGAAAGACUGUCAAUGGCUUACGUAAACAUGAAAUAGCUGGUAGUUUAGCCAAGGUGUUGGUUAACAACUGGAAAAAACUUGUUCCUGAAGAUAAUGACAGGAGCUAUAGUAAUCAAAAUCACAAGGACUUGGACAGACAAACGUCAUCCACGAGGACUGAAGCAUCCAGAGAAAAAGCAGAUGAAAACAUAAACAAAGAGGUGAAGAAAUGUUUGGACUACAGUGAUAGAGAAAUAAUUAAAAAAUCUGAGUCCUGUAGAAGAUUUGCAGAUGAACCUGCUAAUGAUAAUAAACACACUAGUAAAUCUAAGCAUGUAAAGGAAUCCCAACACAGUAAAUCCAAGGUCUUGGAAAACAUUGCUUCUAACAGUAGCUCGUCAGCUAAUCAAGAAGGCAUUUUAAGAGCUCCUGAAAGAGAGAACAGAGAAAAGCAUAAGUCAGGAAAAGAAAUGCAUGAGGGAUGUGAUAAAGGGAGAAAGCAUGCAAAAUAUGAUGCAGAAUAUAUCAAUAAACAUGCAUCUUCCCAAAAGGGUAGAGAGUCAUCAACCCUUUUUACUCAUGAAGGUUCAAACUCAAAAAAUAAAGAUUCUGUGAGUAAGCUGAACAAACAAGAAGGUAAUGAAGGAAAAGAUGAAGAAAUAAAGGAAAAUGCUAGACACACUGCAGACAUGAAAAGCAGUAACACAGCUAGUCAUUCAAAAGUGGACCGUCCAGUAAGCAAGACUAUUAAAAAAGAAAAACAGAAACUUGGUUUCACUGAAGCUGGCAGCACAUCUGCUCCACUAAAUGAAAGUCCGAAAAAGGAAAUAAAAAAACAUGGUUACACUGAGGAAGCCAAUUUGUCCAAUGAGGAGUUUGAGCCACCAACGAUGUCUUUUGAAUCUUAUCUGAAUUAUGAUGUAAAUAGAAUUAGUAAAAAGAAAAAGAAACCACAAAAGGUGCAGAAGUCUGCCAACAAUGAAAUGGGCAAAAAACAAAGUAAAGGACUUGAAGGAGACUGUAAGAGUAGUUUACAGCACUGUGGAACUAAUCUCGGCACAGAUGAAUCCAAAGAAAAAAAUGAUACUGAAGCGUCUGCCAAAAAAUUCAAGAAAGAGUCACUGAAUGAUUUACUUAAAGUUCCACUACCUACAUUCUUACCAGAUUGUUCUGUGCCAUCAUCCUUGACUGAAGUAGACACUAAACCUGUUGCUGUUGUGCCCAACACAGAUGAUGAUAGCUUUGAGUUCACAGGACGCAGAUCGAACAGCAAGAUGCAAGUCUUCUCAGGAUCCAAGCCAAUCUUCCUUUCAAAGAUGUUGUCAUUAUACGAGCAGUGCAUCCGAGUCCUUAAAAACAACAUUGAUUUACUCUAUGAGGUGGGAGGAGUGCCGUAUGAUAUUCUAGAGCCAGUUUUGGAACACUGCACAGCAGAACAACUUUUUCGAAUAGAAGAAUGCAACCCAACCUUUGUUGAAGAGACAGAUCACUUAUGGAAGAAGCACUGUCUGAAAGACUUCAGAUCAGAACAACUUAAGGAAUAUGAAUCAUGGCGGGAAAUGUACCUGAGAGUUUUUAAAGAAAGAGAAAAUAAACUAAAAAUGGUCACCAAAAACAUUAGUUUUGCACAGUCUGCAAAACCUAAAGGACGCCAAGUUAAGCUUGCCUAUGUAAAUACGGCUGCAAAACCACCUAGGGAUGUACGUCGGAUGCAGGAACUUCAUGGAACAGCAGGACCUAUUGUCCAGCCACAUCCUUUAGAUAAACAUAAGGUGACUGCUGAAAGUAAAAGUGAAACAUCUUCCAUUGAUAGUCCACAGUCUACCAGUGGGCAUGUUAACCUUUGCUCGGGUACUGCAGCAAGCAGUGGAGGAUCAAGUCAUGAGCCAAAAAAGGGCCCGAGAAAAAUUGCACCUAUGAUGGCAAAGACAUUACGAGUCUUCAAAAACAGAGUUGGGCCAAGAUAAUGCAAACAUGUAAUUCAGGUUGUAUAACAUGACGCUGCAGAAAGUGCUGGCAUUUUCUUAUGGAAUUCUGAAUAAAUAAUUAAAUUUAUGUUAUGUUAUUAAACAAAUUAUUUAUUUUAAAGAUUGUUAUGAAAUAUCACUUCCUUCUGAAGAACAUGAAUAUCAUUAGAAUCUUUAUCAACUGCUGUCUUGUGUUUACUUGCAAGGGCAAAAUAAAGAAGCCAGUAAACUGCA